AUGCCUAAUGGAAGAGCUUUGACCGUAUCCACGGGCGCGAUGCCCAGCACCGCCCGAGUGCCCCAUGUCUACCAGAUCGACUUUACGGCCGUAGCCAGUGGAAAGCGCGUUGCCAGCACGAAGCGUCGUGUUCGUUGGAGGUUUGGAUUUGCCAAUCCCGAUGCUCUGGCUGCUGGAGAGACAGGAACCGCAUGUCGUGGAGAAGAGCACGAUGUGACUUUGGUUUGGAGUAUCACUUCUGGAAAGAGGCUGAUUCUUGCCGAUGGCCAGGAAGUUCACUAUUCCAAUAGUAGAAGUGGAGUUUUUGACCAUACCUGGACGAUGCGAGGAAAUCACGUUUUGAAGGUGGUGGCCCAUGCGUCUCCUCCCUUGUCACCCACUCCUGGCUUUCGUCAAUACGAUUUUUAUGUGGAUGGACAGACCUUUUUCUCCUUCCCCAAGGUGUACCGUCUUGGAUUGGCCCCCAAUGACCCUCGUAAUGCUGUCUCCCCGUCCAGCCCUGUGAGACUCGCUGAUCGUGGUGGUAGAAGUAAGCGUAACGCAUCAGGAAUUGCUUCAUUGGAGGCUCCCCACAACAUGGAUGAGGAAGAAGCCUACUUGCAGGAAGCAAUCAAGAAUUCUUUGCAAGAGACUAAGAGACAGCCUCCUGAUGAAAAACCCAAAAUCAGUGAAUCUGGACAGUCGCUUCUCUUGGAUUUCCUGGAGGAAGAACCUGCCCAGGCUGGUGGUCCCCCAAACGCCUCUCUCCCUGCCUUGCCUCCUUCCACCAGUGCUGGCCCCGGGGAAUUUGGAUUUGCUGCCCCUCCCCCGCAGAAUUCGAUGCCUGCGCUCCCACCGUCGACGACCGCCAAUGGAUAUGCCGCAGCACCUCCCCCAGGAAGCAAUGAUCCGUUUGGAGCCGCUGCCGCAUACGGAUCUGCUCCCCCUGGUGCUAUGGUUCCUUAUGGAGCUCCUGCUCCUCCUGGAGGAUCUCAGCAGCAGCCGUAUCCUGGAGCCCCUCAGUACGGUGCACCCCCUCAGCAGCAGCAAUACGGUGCGCCCCCUCAGCAAAGCUAUGGACAGCUGCCAGCUGCGACUCCAUUCGAUGCGCAGCCCCCUGCACCAGUGCAAACGGCUCCAGCUGCAAUUACUCCUAUGGCCCAGCAAACUCCAUCAACUCUAGGAUUUGGAUCGCCUCAGCCUGAUUUUGGCUUUCAAUCGCCUGCCCCGGUAGCAGCAGCCCCCAGUAACGACUUUGCUGGUUUUGCUGCAGCUCCAGGUGCCCCCAACCAGCAAUAUGGUGCGCCACCAGCCGCUGCUGGCCAGUACGGAGCUCCCACGCGUCAAUCUUUCUCAAUGCCCCCAGCUCAGGCUGCUCCAGCAAGUGCGUCCGGUCAUUUUGGAGUAGACAACAGCAAUCAAUUCGCAGCUGCACCAACUCCGGAUGCGUUUGGUGGAGCCCCUGCACCGCCUCCCGCUGACCAAGGAUUUGGUCAAGCUCCUGCUCCCCCGCCUGCUGGGCCUGUUUUGACAAUGAGCUCGCUGCAAGGACAGGAUAAUGGCAUGCUGGAUGGCACAGCAACAAACGGAACAAACGGUUUUGGAGCCGGGGCACCCGCUGGUUCCCUUGCGGAUCAAGCAUAUGCAAAGUUUGCGAGCAUGGAUCAAUUUGAUUUGGUUUCCAAGAAGGACACUGCAAGAGAUAAUCCGUUCGAGGCCGCGCCCGUUGGAGCCCAGCAGUCUCUUUCGGAUAUGAAGAAAUCAGGCCGACCCGGUGCUGCAAAACCAAUUAUGAACGCGCCUGCGCCAGCUCCUGGGGCUCUUGUGGUUUCGAACUCUCAGUCAGGCAACUGGGGAGGCUAUGGUGCCCCAGCGAUGAAUCAGCAGCAGCAGCAGCCACCAAUGCAACAAUCGCAGUACGGUCAACCCCAGCAGCAGUUCGGAGGUUACGGCGCUCCAAUGAAUCAGCAGCAGCAGCAACCACCAAUGCAACAACCCGGAUAUGGGCAGCCUCAGCAACAACCAUUUGGUCAGCAACCCCAGUAUGGGCAGCAGCCUCAGUACGGGCAACAACCCCAGUAUGGACAGCAGCAGCAAAAUCAGUUUGGCGCUCCACAACAGGGUUUUGGUGGAUUUUAG